AUGGCUGGCAGCCGUAAGCGCCUAAAAUACACUGACCCGGUGUACAGGGUGAAAGCACUUAUUGUUAGUUUUUCUUCCCGCUUGGUGGCGGCACAAGACGGUAAAAUCAGAACGGGCGCAUUUACACUGGUGCUCUCAAUGUGUGACCUCGACGGCGAAGGCGUCAACGAAGUAGGAGUAAUCUCAGAAGUUAAGAAUAGAGAAGAAAUAGACGAGGAAGGUGAGAAGAACGACGCUACUGAAAAACUCGUACCAAACUCGGGACGCCUCGGUGAUGACACGGCGGAUGUGAAUUGGACGUGUGACGUCUGUGAUGCAACCCAUGAGACGCAGGACCAGCUGCGAUCGCACAUCCUCGAUAAUCACGCCGUGGAAUUUACCUGUGCCGACUGCCAGCUCACGUUCCUAUGCCAGGAGAAGUUGCAGAACCAUCUGUGUGAGGCCAGCGCCAGUUCGGGGUCGUUCUUCUAUGCCAACUGCCCGAAGACGUUUGCGAACCAGCGGCUGCUCGAUCGCCACACGACUUGCCACGAUGCGUCGGGCGCAUACUACUGCGAGACGUGCCACGCGUGUUUUGCGACGAGACCCGCGAUGACGGACCACUCCUGCCGCUGUGAAGACGGCGAGGCUUUCCGCUGCGAGAUCUGCGGCGAUCGCUUCGUGAACGAGCUCUACCUGCUGCGCCACCUGGCGGCGACACACGAAACCAUUACCUUUGACAUUGCCAGAUACAUGGAAAGAUACCUAAGAGUGCAAAUACUGAAGAACCCUGAAGUUGAAGAAGGCUCUGAACUUCCAUCUGCAGCGGAUAAAGAAUUGGAUAACUCUCCAGCAUUUGAAACGGAUAAUAUCGAAAUGGCUGGCAGCCGUAAGCGCCUAAAAUACACUGACCCGGUGUACAGGGUGAAAGCACUUAUUGUUAGUUUUUCUUCCCGCUUGGUGGCGGCACAAGACGGUAAAAUCAGAACGGGCGCAUUUACACUGGAGCUCUCAAUGUGUGACCUCGACGGCGAAGGCGUCAACGAAGACCAGCUGCGAUCGCACAUCCUCGAUAAUCACGCCGUGGAAUUCACCUGUGCCGACUGCCAGCUCACGUUCCUAUGCCAGGAGAAGUUGCAGAACCAUCUGUGUGAGGCCAGCGCCAGUUCGGGGUCGUUCUUCUGCGCCGACUGCCCGAAGACGUUUGCGAACCAGCGGCUGCUCGAUCGCCACACGACUUGCCACGAUGCGUCGGGCGCAUACUACUGCGAGACGUGCCACGCGUGUUUUGCGACGAGAACGGCGAUGACGGACCACUCCUGCCGCUGUGAAGACGGCGAGGCUUUUCGCUGCGAGAUCUGCGGCGAUCGCUUCGUGAACGAGCUGUACCUGCUGCGCCACCUGGCGGCGACGCACGAGCGGAGGUUCGCAUGCGCCACCUGGCGGCGACGCACGAGCGGAAGUUCGCAUGCGCCACCUGGCGGCGACACACGAGCAGAAGUUCGCAUGCGCCACCUGGCGGCGACACACGAGCGGAGAGCGGAGUCUCGAGAAGCGGUUGACGGUGCACGUGGUCGUAUGCGAGGGCCUGCGCUCGAUCGCGCAGAACGCGGCCGCGCAGAGCCGGGUGUCGAGGCACAAGUACUGGACCAAGUGAAGAAAGCCCUACGCCCGAAAUCUCAUCUUCAUCAUUUCAACAUUCACUGCAAGAAAUGUAAUGUGGUUUCUCCAACAAGGCCUGAUUUUGUUGCUCACCUCAGGAAUGUUCAUGGUACAUUCACGAGAAGAAAACAGAAGAACCCUGAGGUUGAAGAAGGCUCUGAACUUCCAUCUGCAGCAGAUAAAGAAUUGGAUAACUCUCCAGCAACCCAGGACCAGCUGCGAGUGCACAUCCUCGAUGAUCACGCCGCGGAAUUCACCUGUGCCGACUGCCAGCUCAUGUUCCUAUGCCAGGAGAAGUUGCAGAACCAUCUGUGUGAGGCCAGCGCCAGUUCGGGGUCGUUCUUCUGCGCCGACUGCCCGAAGACGUUUGCGAACCAGCGGCUGCUCGAUCGCCACACGACUUGCCACGAUGCGUCGGGCGCAUACUACUGCGAGACGUGCCACGCGUGUUUUGCGACGAGAACGGCGAUGACGGACCACUCCUGCCGCUGUGAAGACGGCGAGGCUUUUCGCUGCGAGAUCUGCGGCGAUCGCUUCGUGAACGAGCUGUACCUGCUGCGCCACCUGGCGGCGACGCACGAGCGGAGAAGUUCGCAUGCGCCACCUGGCGGCGACACACGAGCGGAGAGCGGAGUCUCGAGAAGCGGUUGA